GUUUCCUGCUGCCAUUGACUAAAAACCGAGAGCUGGCAUCCUGCGGGAAAAAAGCACACCCAACAGCUUCCCAUAUUGCUCAGCACACGGACGAUUAUUUUCUAUUUUUUAAAGGGAUUUUUUCUUUAAAUGAAGGCUCGGAGGACACCGUCAUAGUCCGGCUGUCUGUGGCCGCACAGGCUGCUCGAUCAUUUCUGAUUUAGCGAGAUGAUAUGAAUGUCAACCGGUCAAGGUCCGACGUCCCGAUGCCACGGCUGGAUUGUCGAGCCUCCGCUGGGAAACAUCUGCCGCAAGCGUUCGGAUGAAUUUCGGUGAAUCUGCAGCCGUGAAAGGGCAUCGAGAUCGGGGGGAAACGACCUGCUGCGGUAAUAUUAUGGAUUAGAAAGCGGUGAUGAUGUGACUGCGACACUUUAAAAUGCUCCCCAGCCGUCUCUCCGUGAUCAAGGUGUUUUAAAGAAUACACUAAAUCCACCAUCAGCUUUGUUGUCUGAAGCGUUUUUUUUUUUUUUGCGGCAGAAAUAACUCGCACUGAGCCACAGAUCUGAAAGCAGGACACCAUGUCGGCGGUGAUGAUAACACGAAAGGUGCGAAAAUGGGAGAAGCUGCCGGGAAAAAACACUUUCUGCUGCGACGGCCGGGUGAUGAUGGCCCGGCAGAAAGGAGUCUUCUACCUGACCCUGUUCCUCAUCAUCGGGACCUGCUCGCUCUUCUUCGCUUUCGAAUGUCCGUACCUGGCUGUCCAUCUGUCUCCUGCCAUCCCAGUUUUUGCUGCCCUCCUCUUUCUCUUCGUCAUGGCCAUGCUGCUGAGGACCAGCUUCAGUGACCCCGGGGUGCUGCCACGAGCCCUUCCAGAGGAGGCCACGUUCAUCGAGAUGGAAAUCGAGGCCGCCAACGGGAACGUCCCCGCGGGGCAGCGACCUCCACCUCGAAUCCGCAACGUUCAGAUCAACAACCAGAUCGUCAAGCUCAAGUACUGCUACACCUGCAAGAUCUUCCGACCACCUCGAGCAUCACACUGCAGCAUCUGCGACAACUGUGUCGACCGUUUUGAUCACCAUUGUCCAUGGGUGGGCAACUGUGUGGGCAAGAGGAACUACCGAUACUUCUACCUGUUCACCCUGUCCCUCUCCCUGCUCACCAUUUAUAUCUUCACCUUUGACAUCGUCCACGUGGUCAUGCGCUCAGUGGAUAAUGGCUUCUUGAAUACUUUGAAGGAAACACCUGGAACUGUGCUGGAGGUGCUGGUGUGUUUCUUCACCCUGUGGUCAGUGGUGGGACUGACCGGCUUCCACACCUACCUGAUCUCUCUCAACCAGACCACCAACGAGGAUAUUAAAGGAUCCUGGUCAGGAAAGAACAGAGUCCAGAACCCUUACAGCCACAAGAACAUCAUCAAAAACUGCUGUGAGGUCCUGUGCGGGCCGACGUACCCGAGCGUCUUGGACAGAAGAGGACUGAUGCAGGACGAUUCGCUUGUUUCUGCCACCUGUGCUGCUCCCUCCUCCUCCUCCUCCAGCAAUGCAACGCCACAAACCACGCAUGCUGUCCUCUGCCUACAGAAAACCACAGCUCCACUCAUCCCCAACGAGCACACACCUGACGACGCCAAGCCGAGCAUCGCUGCCUCAGCAGAGAAGAGUCCCUCCCCCAAAGAGGAGCUCCCGCCGGCUUUGAAGCUCCCGCCCCUGGCUUCACCCGAGACCGAUGCAGAGACAUCCAUCGCCAAGGACAAGACCCAUUAGCUGCAUUAGGGGGCGGCUCCCGUCAGAGCUGCUCCUCCAGCAUCCUGCCUGGUCAUGAACUGAAACAUUAAUAAUCAAUGUCUGAUUACUGCGCGGGUGACUCAGUUAUUCUCCGACUCCCGCCCCUCAUUCCCCCUGAAGAGAGGAGUUUCUGCUGCAGCUCCUCCUCUUCCCUCCUCUCCUCGCCGGUAGCUGCAGAGCUGUGUGAUUGACACUUAAAGUCCUGCAGGAGGAGGAGGGGUGAUUAAAUGGAAAGUCAGCAGCUUCCCGUCUCCUGAACACUGCAUGGAAAAGACACGCAGGGGAGAAGCUGCUGGGAGACCCGCAGAAAAACAUACUCUCCGAGUGUUCGGCAUCCCCACAAGUUCGUCACCGGUGGGCUUGCUCUGAUUGUCAAUACUACAUUUGUUCUUUAUUUAAAAUUGCAUAAUGACAUUUAUUGUGUGAGAGGCCAGUUCAAAUAUACUCCUUGCAAGUGUCUGGCUACGACAGAAGACGUCACUUCUGGACAUGUGUAAAACUUCAUACUUACAGUCCUUUUCUGUUGUGCAUACAUUACAUGCCCUAUGCAAACCACGAGAAGACUGGACAAGCAACUUUGUGAACAGUGUGGAUGAAAAGGGUUUCACCUGUAAUCUGUGAGUACACAUGAUGUCCAGGCAGGAGGAGGACAUGCAAAUCCUUAGCUGAGAAAUCCUAAAGGCUCCUUCCAGGCAAAGUCUACCUUGUAUUCUGAUACUGCUGCAUUCAGUACUGUUGUCACUUAUGUGCAUCGUCUUUUUAAAAAGUGAUCUCAUCCAGACCAACACCUGUCCUUCCAUUUUUAUAUAAUCAAGGGUGUAGUGUGACGUUGGCGUUUUGAAACAGACGAAAUUGCUUUCCGCACAGUUAAAGUCUUGUAUCCAGGUGACGUUUGGCCUCAGCGUGUGUGAGAAAAGGCCUGAUGAGCGUAGACACUCGUAGUAACAGUGCCUUAUCGUAACAGUUGCACCAUCUACAGCAACUGAGGUCCAAUAACAGAGAAGCCCUUCAAACCGUUAGGAUAGUGUUAAAUGAGAAGUGAUGUUUAUAUGUGAAUUCUUCAAGUAGUUCCCAACCAGAUGGUUACAAGAUAAAUCCGAUGAAUCUUAAGAUGAUUGAAGGGAUAGAUUGAUAUUUCUGGAAACAUUGGUUUUCUUUCUUGUUCAGAGUUGGAUGAGAAGGUUAAUACCACUCUCUGGUCUGUCCAUUAAAUGUGAAGCACUACUUAGCUUAGCAUAUAGGCUAGAAACGGAGGGAAGCAGCUAGCCUGGUUCACUCCAAAGGCAACAAUCUGCCUACCGCCAACCUCUAGAACUUCCCAAAAAAUAUUGUUAAACUUAAACAAUCAAGAGAUUGCCUCAUUUGUGAGCUUUGCAAGUGCUGCUUGAUGUAUGAGCAGAUUUCUCAAAACAUUUUUCCCCGCUUCACAGUGAAGCUAAGCUAAAGAGCUGCUAGCUGUAGCCUCAUGUUUUCAUGAACAGGUGUUUAUCUGUUGGUUUGCAAAUUAUGCAGAAUCUACAAAGCAGAUUUUCAUAAAACUUUAUUCAGAGGUGGAAACCAUUAAAUUUUGAUGUGGAUCUGAUUUAAGUUAGGAGACUACUGGCCUCAGCAAAGAUCCACGAUCUUCUAGUAUUUAUCUAACAAUCAGUAGAGUCGUAGUGAUCUUCUCAUCAAACUCUCAGCAGGAAACCAAACAAUCGUAACUCCAAGUAUUUCUUUAAAACUAGAGAGGGAAGUAGAAGAAGCACAUUUCUGCUACACAUUUGUGCUUUUUUCCUUAAGAAAAAACUGUGAAGUUUCCUCAAGAAGCCAGAAAUCUAAUCUGAGAAGGAAUAAUCACUCUUUGGUAGAAACCUGUGGUGAGCAGACGCUGCUGCGUUUUAAGGGGUCACAUGUCUUAAAGGUUCGGAACCACUGAAAUAAACCUUGUGAAGCAAAAAACGAAGCAAAGCCAUUCUUUAAUUGUACAUUGUCUCGGCAGGUGUAGAUGUGCUGAAAAUGUCUCAGCCGCUGAGCGAGGAUGAAAGACGGAAGCGAGUGUCAUGUGCAGCCAGAGUUAAUUAUUCAGCCUGUGAGCUUGAGCGUCUCCUCCUGAUCUUCCUCAGAGUCCUCUCUCUUCCUGCAGUCUUCUGCCUCUAUAGAAAACACUCUCAUAUUCAGCUCUCCUCCUUCUUUUAUUCGUCUCUUUGCUGUGACAGUCCGCCCACGGCUGAGGCGGCUUCCACCACAGCCGACCGUGGCAGGCUCAUUAUCGCAGAGCAUAAAGAAAGACGUUCAGUCCUUUUCUUUUCACACGUCUUUAAUGUGGCUCAAGAAGUUAUUUUGUUUUGUAACAGAGAUCGCCUGAGGAAGGGAGGCGUCCACACAAAGAGAAACGAGAGCAAGUCGAGCUAAUCCUAAGUAUUUAAAUGACGUUAGCUGAUAGAGAGAGUUUGUGCUAGUGACUGUGUUGUGUGCAAGACAGAGUUAGUGUUUGUGAAAUAUACUUGUGUAGAAAUCCUAGCAUUGCUUCAGACUCUGAAAUAUGCCCAAGAUUACGUGUUACAAGACUCAGAAUAGUCCUAAAAAUAUGUCACAAUCAAGAGUAGAAAAUACAUUUUAGGACCCUGGACUUUAGCUGUACCAUGAUUUUUAUGGAGCAGCUUGAAACUCAAAACUGAUAUCAGACAUCCUCAGCCCGAGAAAAUUUUCAUCAUUAAUUUGUCUCUGGAAGAUUUGUUUGGUCAGAAUAUACUGAAAAGUUAAUGUACUGAAGAAAAAAUGUACCUUACCUCCAGAAAUUCUGCACAUGUUUACAUUUGAAAAGCUGGAAAUAGCUGAUUCCAAACAACUGAUCAGUAAAUUAGUUGCCAAUCAUUUCUGUUAAUAUAUUAGUCAACUAAUUGUUUCAAAUCUAGAUGAAUCCUUUAUCUGUGUUCACUUGUCGAGAGAUAACUGACACAUCUCUGUUGGAAGAAGCUGUAAAGCGUGUGGCAGUAUUGUUUCUGUGUUAUUACUGAAUAUUUGUUUGGAAAACUCUCCAAAAAAAAUGUUAAAAUUCUCGUUGGAAGUACUAAACCCAGGACAUAGUGGGCUUCCAUUGUGGAAAGUAUUUGAAGACGGUUUGGUGUGUUUGAUGCUUUGCGUCGUCAUCGUCACCGAGAAGCAAGAAUGUAUGUCGUUGAUCCUCAAGAAAAAGGGACGUUUGUGUUUCAAAGUGGAUUUUAAAAAGGACAGAUGAAGUUUAAUUUUUAGCUGAAGGUUGGCGACCAAGCUGAGCUCUUGUAUUUAUGAUUCCUGUGUUAAAACCAAGGUCAGAUCUGAAUGCUCUGAUCAAUCUAUUACAUUGCAUUAUGUAUACAAAUACAGUACUAUACCAUUGAUAGAACGCUUAUUUAUGUUCACUUUGUUUAGUAUCAACACUGUGAUUAUAUGUAUUUCAUUCAAUUAACUUCACUCCUUUUUACAUGAUCAAUGUGUCUGGUAAAUAAAUAAUGUCUUAUUAUAA